GGACUUGUCCAAUAAUAAUUUGACUGGAGAGGUGCCAGAAUUUCUAGGCAACAUAAAAUCUUUGGUGUUCAUAAACAUAAGCUGGAACAAUCUUAAUGGUUCAAUUCCUCAGGCUCUUCGAAGGAAAGAACUGGAAUUAUUUCCUCAAGGGAACCCUAGGCUUUGUCUCUCUGGUUCAUGCCUACCAUCCAAACGCAAAUUAUUUCCAGUGGCAAUUGUCGCAUCAGUUGCUUCGGUGGCCAGUAUUAUCAUUGCUGUCUUGGUUCUUAUUUUUGUUUUCAGAAAGAAAAAGCCGUCAACUGUGGGAGGUAACUUGCAAGAGAAGUCUUACCAAAUCAAGGAACUAUAAAAAGCUAAUGAAUAGUUAUGGUCAUAUUCCCUUAUGUUUCUUCUUAUCUACAGCUCUACAACAGCCACCUAGUAUAUCGCCAUCGGUGAAUGUUACAUAUCCUAAUUCACCUGAAACAUCAAUCCAAACGAAUAAGAGGAGGUUUACUUAUUCAGAGGUCACUGAUAUGACAAAAAACUUCCAAAGAGUUGUUGGGGAAGGAGGAUUCGGUAUUGUCUAUCACGGUACUCUGAAUGGAAAUGCACAAGUAGCUGUUAAAGUACUCUCUCAAUCAUCAACUCAAGGCUACAAGCAAUUCAAGGCAGAAGUUGAUCUUCUUAUGAGAGUUCACCAUACAAAUUUGGUUAGCCUGGUUGGAUAUUGUGGCGAAGGAGAUCACUUGGCUCUCAUCUACGAGUUUGUGCCCAAUGGAAACUUAAGACAACAUCUGUCAGGAACACGAGGCAUAUCCAACAUCAGCUGGGGUAUUCGACUACGAAUAGCUGUGGAGGCUGCAUUAGGGUUGGAAUAUUUACAUUCUGGAUGCAUACCACCAAUGAUUCACAGGGAUGUCAAAACUACAAACAUAUUGUUGGACGAGCAUUAUAAGGCCAAACUCGCUGAUUUUGGUCUCUCAAGGUCUUUCCCUGUUGGAGGUGAAUCUCAUGUUUCGACGGUGAUUGCUGGUACCCCUGGUUACCUUGAUCCCGAAUAUUACCGUACAAGUCGGUUAACUGAGAAGAGCGAUGUGUACAGCUUUGGUAUUGUGCUAUUGGAGAUGAUUACAAACGAAGCCGUGAUUGACCAAGCCCGUGCAAAGACUCACAUAACACAAUGGGUUGGGUUUGAGCUAAAUAGUGGAGAUAUUAGUAGUAUCAUGGAUCCAAACCUUCAUGGAGAUUACGACUCUCGGUCUGCAUGGAGAGCUCUUGAACUAGCAAUGUCAUGUGCAAAUCCUUCUUCCACAAGACGACCAAGUAUGUCCCAGGUUGUUAUCGAACUGAAAGAGUGUCUUGUGUCUGAAAACUCGAGGAGAAAUAUGAGUAGAGGCAUGGAGUCUCAGAGUUCCGCUGAAGUGAACAUGAUCUUUGACAUUGGGAUGUUUCCUAUGGCGAGAUAGUUUGAGCUUGUGUAAGUAACAUGUGAAGAAUAUCAUAUUCCUCUGUUUCUUUGGUUUAAUAUUGAAUGUGUGUUAACUCUUGGAGUGCCAUGUCGGGAAUGUUUAUAGUGUGAUUACUCUUAAAGAUAUAGAAAUAUGUCACUAUUUUCACAACCU